AUGAAAAACCUAUUUUUAGACGCGGCUGAAUCAACUCUAGGUCAAGCACGUUCUCGCACGAUCAACCGACGUGCAAAACCCAAAGGUCACCAGUCACUGUACGGAAAGUCGCAUGAUUGUUCAGAAGGAUACGAAUCGGGAAUGUACGACGUAAACAAAGCGAAACUCUGGAUUUUUCCAAAGUUGGCUCCAGUUCCAUUCAAAGUUGAAUGUUGGAUGAAGAAUGUCGGAGUAACUAUGAUGCAACACCAGCUCUAUGGCAACGUCAGUUUUGCGCGGUCGUGGGCAAGUUACAAGUCAGGGUUUGGAUUUUAUUUCGGUGACCUAUGGCUGGGUAAUGACCCCGUGUAUUACAUAACCAACAGUCGACCUCAUACACUACGGAUCGCCGUCGUUACCUUGACGUAUACGUAUAACCAUGUGGAGAUGGUACGACAUCACACCUACACCAACUUCAGCAUAUCUGCCGAAUCAAGCCAGUACCGUUUGUCAUUCUCCACCGAAAGUACAGAUACCGAUCUGGGCGACUGCUUGACGAUUUUGAAAAACACGCCUUUUUCCACCAUUGACGUCAACAACGUUGACACGUGCGCCUCAGAUUUCAACGCUGGUUGGUGGUUCACGGCAGGAACGUGCUCUGCGUGCAACCCCAAUGGCGUCCUGCGCAGAGAUCUUGUCUACUGGACACAUAACGUCAAACACACGCACUGGACACCCGUACCACACAAUUUUGGAAUUUUAGAAAUGGCAAUGCUUCUUAUAGCCAGCCCGUAA